AAAAAAUCGAUCAAAAUGAGUGGCAUGUGUAAAACUGGAUGCAAACGCAGAUUAAAGAUGUGUAGGCAACAUCUCGAAACAUUAACUUUUCAGUACGACACACAAAUCCUUGCGGUAGCCUACCGAAGAACAAUCCCUACCCAAUGACUGUACUCUGACCACUUAACGAGCAACUGUGGCAUGCGCAGAAAAAUGCUUUCUUGUUGGUUUCUCUGACCUAGCCUACAGACUACAUCCUGGAAGUUGCAUUGCGAUCUGGAGAAGAUUACAGACAAGUUGACCCGAAACACAUCAAUCCAAUAAUUAUUUUCGACGAAGAGCGAUAUAGUUCACUAUCGAGAACAUGGCAUUCUUCAGUUCUAUUGCAGGUUGCUCCUUUUACGUUCUUGCGUUAAUCUUUGUUUUAUGCUGUGUCGCAUUUACCGGUUACUGUUUGUAUAUUAAGUACAUACACUGGAAGUACGAUCAUAUACCUGGGCCGCCACGAACGAGUUUUCUAUUUGGACACACAUCCCAUUUCCUGAAGGUGAUGCGUGAGGAUCGAGUUGUACACGAUUUGUUUCUCCAAUGGGCUGAAGAAUAUGGACCUGUGUACCGGAUAAAUGGCCUGCAUGCUGUUUUCCUUUGCGUAUCUUGCCCAGAAGCCACAAAAGAUAUCCUGAUGUCUUCCAAGUACCCCAAAGAUGAAAUGGUCUACAAACGUCUAUUUAGCUUGUUUGGACAAAGGUUCCUAGGAAACGGCCUAGUCACGGCCCAGAGUCAUGAACAGUGGUUCAAACAACGCCGUAUCAUGGACCCUGCUUUCAGCAGCUUGUACCUGAGGGGCCUCAUGGGUCAGUUCAACGAGAGGGCAGAGCGACUGAUGGACAAACUUGGAGAGCUGGCAGACAGCAACACAGAUGCCAACAUGCACCAACUGGUCAACUGUGUCACUCUGGAUGUCAUCGCUAAGGUGGCAUUUGGAGUGGAUCUGGACUUGCUGAAGCAGAAGGACUCCCCUUUCCCUAACGCCAUACUGUUGUGUCUGAAAGGGAUGGUGUAUUAUUUGAGGGAUAACACCUUCCAGUACAUGCCGAAGAACCAGAAGUUCAUCCGUGAAGUGAAGGAGGCAGCUCUGCUGCUGAGGAACACAGGUGCUGAGUGGAUUAACGAGAGGAGGGAGGCGAUCCAGAGAGGAGAAGAUGUUCCUAAAGACAUCCUCACUCAGAUCAUCAAAACAGCCAACAAAGAGGAACUCAUGGAUAAAGAGGAUGAGGAACAGAUGUUGGACAACUUUGUGACGUUUUUCAUCGCAGGACAAGAAACAACAGCAAAUCAACUUGCUUUUGCUAUUAUGGAACUGGCACGACUACCAGAUAUAUUAGCAAAGGUGACGAGAGAGGUGGAUGAGGUUCUUGGGAUGAACCAGGAGAUCAGCUACGAUCAUCUGGCGAAAAUGGGUUACCUUUCACAGGUGUUGAAGGAGACCCUGAGGUUGUACCCCACGGCUCCAGGCACGUCUCGCUGGCUGGCGGACGACACGGUCAUCAGCGGUGUCCGGAUACCAGGAGGAGUCGCCUGCUUUUUCAGUUCCUAUGUCGCUGGAAGACUGGAUAAAUUCUUCAAGGACCCGCUGACUUUUGACCCAGAUAGGUUUCACCCUGAUGCUGCCAAGCCCUACUACUGCUACUAUCCUUUUGCCCUAGGACCACGAUCUUGCCUGGGACAAAACUUUGCACAGAUGGAGGCCAAGGUUGUGAUGGCCAAACUGCUCCAGAGGUUUGACUUCAGCCUGCUGCCCGGACAGUCCUUCGACAUCGCCGACACAGGCACACUGAGGCCUAAGAGUGGAGUGAUUUGCACCAUCAAACACAGACAAACAAACUCCUCCUGAAGUCUUUAAUAACACCUUUCAUAACCUUUAAUUGUGUUGGACCUGUGCUGGAUGCAGACGUUGAAAAUUACAACGUUCACAUCAAAUCAAACAUGUUGAUUUGAGUAGCCCUUUUAAGUCACAGAAGGCUUCACAGAUGCCCAUACGUUGGCAUCUUGAACCAAUCUAAAGCCUCAAGGAAAACAACCUUGGGUCAGCAAUAUCUUGUCAGAUAACUGCUUUGUUUCAUGGCUCAUCAAGAACAGUGUUUCAUUUUCGUAAUACGCGGGUCUAUAUACAAUUUUUUCUCAGUUGUAAUUAUAGUUUUGGAAAAACACCGCUGAAACUGUCUGAAUUUCAUUGCCAAUCCUUUUUGUCGUGGUAUAUGAUUUACUAACAUUACUUUUCACCUCAUAAGUAUUAUAUAUGGAAAAAUUAGGACAUAAUAUAUAAAUGCAAAUCUUUUUUUCUGAAACAUUGGUUUGAUAAUGGCAUGGUAUUGGUAGAGCAGUUAUUUAAUGAUGAUGGUUUACUUUACCCUUAUGAAGAGUUUCUGGCACAUUAUAAGAUUCCUGUAACACCAGGGGACUAUGCUACAGUUUUUGGUGUAAUAUCUCCGAAAGUGUGUAUGCUGUUUAGACAGGGGAUAAAAAUAGACAUUCAACACUGGUUCCCACCUACUAUAGUCAACUCUUAUGUAGGUAAUAUUUGUUUCUCUUUUAACUCGCGUAACAAAUCCAUAAGAGAGUUAUUUCAAAGGGACUUUGUAUCUGCCUUAUAUUUAUUCAUAUUGGAAUCGUUUAACAGACAAUAUUAUUUGGAAAAAGGUUUGGCGUAUACCUCAUCAAUAUUUAGUUACGAACAAAGUUAAAGACGUAUCAUAUACAAUUAUACACAGGAUUUACCCAGUGAAACAUUAUUUUCUUAAAUUUAAAAUUGAUAUUGAUUAUAGUUGUACCUUUUGUGACAGUCACCCUGAAACUGUGGUUCAUUUGUUUUGGCACUGCCCGUUUGUGAAACCAUUUUGGCAGAAUGUUUUUGAUUUUAUUACAGUAAAUAUUGAUGACCAAUCUCUGUUGUUGUGGAAGUACUUGGUAUUCGGUCUUUUAGAGGACUGUAGAGACAAUCGUAAUCAGGUAUAUUUAAUACAUUUUAUUAUACUAAUGGAAAAGUUCUACAUUCACAAAUGUAAGUUUUCAUGUGAAAAACCCCUGUUUUAUUUCUUUCAAGAAAGAACUUGAACAUUAUUUUGUUUCAAUAAGAUU